AUGAAUAAUAAUGGAAAUUUUAACAAUGAAUCUGAUCCAUUGAUUAUGUCUAAUCAGUAUCCCUCAUUAAUGGAACAAUCAUAUAUGAAUCAAACAACUCAAUAUUAUCAAUCACAAGAUCUAACAUCUAAUCCUCUUGAUUUUCAUAAUUCACAAUCAUUAAUGCCAUCAUCUAAAUCUAUAAAACGUAAGCAAGAAUUUUUAAUUUGUGAUAUAUGUGGAAUUGAAGUUAAUUCACAACAAAUGAUGGAUAGUCAUAUUCGUGGACAAAAACAUAUGAAAAAAAUGAAAAUUAAAACAAACGAAUUAGCUAAUCAUACAUCUGACAAUAUUGAUGUCAAUCAAAAUCCUAUAGUAUUAACAAAUGCUGAAAGCAUACCAAAUCAAUCUUCUACUAUUGUUAAAUCAUUAAAUUCACCUAAUAAACCAAGUGCUUUACAAUUAAUGAAUGAAUUAGCUAUAUUUAAUAAGGUAACUACUAAAUAUGAUUUAAUCAAAGAAACUGGUCCACAACAUUGUAAACAAUUUGAAGUACGAUUAACUAUUGGUGAUGAAAUUUAUACAGGUAUUGGAACAAGUAUUAAACGAGCACAACAAAUUGCUGCUGAACAAGCUUUAACAACUACAACAUUACGAAAACCUGAACAAAAAAAACGUAAAUUAAAUUCAACACAAAUGGAAUCUACAACAGAAAUACAUUCAAAUAAUAUUCAACAACAAAUUCAAUUUAAUUCAAAUCAACAAUCAUUAAAUUUAAUUAAUGAAAAUAAUUUUGAAAUACUCUUAAAUAGAAAACAUAUUGACAUAAGUGAAUGUGAUAGUACAUUAAUAAUAAUAAAUAAUUUUGUUGAAAAUAUUGAACGAGCUAUGAAAGAUGUAUCUGAUAAAAUGAUGGAAGAAUGUCAAUUAAAAAAUAUACGUGUUGUACCACAAUUAUUAUAUAAUAUUCCAUUAAAUAGUAUUGAACAAACUAAUACAGAUUCAUCAGAAUCAUUUCGUAUGCUUAAAGGUGCAAUGAAAGUUUCAAUUUUAGCAAUGCAUCUUUCUCUUAAAACUGAUUAUGAAUAUACAUUAGUACUUAUUUGUGCUAAUAAACCAACUAUAACAUUACUUAAUGAUAUUUGUCAAGAAUUAACUAUUACAUUGAAUAAACAAAAUAAUUCAUCAAAUCAAAUAGAUUCUACUAUACAACAAUCAAUACCAAUUACUUAUCAAAUAGAAACACAUGUUAUUGAUGCUUGUUUAACUAUUAAAUCUAGUCUUUUACCUCAACAUACUAUUCGAAUAAUGUUAACAUCACCAGUAUUUUGUAGUGAUAAUUUUCUUAAUUUUGAUGAAAAAGUAACAGAAUUAAAUUCUGAUCCAACAGAUAUGCUCGACAAAAAUAAAUGUUUAGAAGCAGCAGCUGAAAUACGUCAUUCCAAUUGGUUUACACAAUGUAUGUUCAAUGUUCCAUAUAAUUUAGUUGUUCUUCGUCUUUUACGUCAUUUACAAUAUAUUCAAACUCCAUUAUGUUAUCUUAAUCUUUGGUGUCUUGUAUUACUUGUUCAUAAAUGUCAUACUCAAUCAAUAAAUUCAAUUACAAAACUUUUUCGUGCUGUAUUUACUUGUUUAAGUAGUGGUAUUCUAUUACCAAAUAAACUUGGUCCAGGUAUUAUUGAUCCAUGUGAAAAAGAUCUUGUUGAUGCUGCUAGUUAUGUAACUAAUGAACAACGUUCAAAAAUAACAAGUUAUGCUCAAAAUAUUAUUCGUUUUAUUGCUUUUGAACAAUUUGAUAAAAUAUUUCCUCUUGAUUAG